UGCAAACCCGAUGCAGAUUGCUCAUUGUUCGCUUGGUUCAUCCAUCCGAGCUUCAGCGUAGGCUACGCGACAGGUGUUUUUCUUACGCGACACGCGUUGUUACUGGGCCGGGCUAUCUACGCCGUGGGGCUGCUGUGGUGCGGGAGUUGUGACCGAGAAUCUGUCGCUAUGCGUCCGAGGCGUUGCCAGUUACCUCGGUGGAAGCAAAAGAAGCGGCGAUGACAACGAACAGCAUUAGUGUGCCUACGGGCUCCUAACGUCUGCGUCGAGGGCUGGCUGCUGCGAGACGCUGCAUCGAGUUACGACGAUCGUCCAGCCUGAGCCGCGCUUGGAUUGUGAUAAGACCGGCGUCCCUCGAGUGGAAACAUCGCGCGGGUCGUCGCUGUGAUUGUCGAGUGUGUAAAGUGUCAACGAUCGCCAUGAUGAACUUAAAAAAGUGCAGCAGUGUGCGGUCAACGAUUCUGCAGCUGCUGCUGGCUGUGAGCCUCCUGCAGCUCGGUACCGACCCGGACCCCGUGCGUGUGAACCGGCGGGCAGACCCCGUGCGCAGCGUGCGCAUCGGGGUCCAGUCUGCAUUCACUCACACGCACAGUCUUACGCCUCCGUUGCUCAUUCAUCCCAAAAGUGUCGAUGCCUUCGACGCGAAUCCCGUGUUCGCCGAGCUGCACGAACUGGGCAUUCCGUCGCUGCUGCGGCGUGUUCGAACGCGGGUGUUCGCCUACCUGGCCGAGGAUCCGGGACCGCCGCCGCCCAUCUCGAACGAAGUGGCCGCCGCGUCCGAAAGCGACUCUCCGAGCGACGCAUCCGGCGCGAGCAGUAACCUGACGCAAGAGGAAAUGGAUCUCAUCGAGAUCCUCUGGAAGCAAGAUGAGGAUCUUGGUGUUUCAAGAGAUACCUUUGACUACCAUGCGGCUUCUGAAAGCAGCAGCAAGGAAGCUGUCAAGCCUACAAAUUUUAAUAGUACCGAAGUGCCUGAAGAUGAAGAUGAGCCUCCUGAAAUGCACGAGGACAGCAAUCCUUGGGAAGGCUUCCAGUACAGCAUAGACUCGGAGACAGGAGAGCACAUCUUGGGAGGCCAAGAAGAGAGCAAAAGCGAGGAGCCAAGGGAGCGCGUCGACAGUGGAUGCUUCCUCCUCGAUGAGGAAGAAGACCGCGAGGCCAUUUUUGCUGAGCUGGAACGUAUUUUCCAGGGACAGCCUCUCCAGGCAGCAGACCUGUAUCCUGCUGACGACUGUUGGGGAGGCUCGGAGCAGAGAGACCUUGGUGCAGAUAAGGGCCCCCCUCUGGCCACUGGGGGUCCGCCACCUCACAACUACACAGAUCCAUUCCCAGGCGUUCUGCUCAACAAUGCCACGCUUGGCCCUCCACCUGUGGACCACAGCAGUGCUUACUUGCAUGGAGCUGGAGCCUUUGGAGCAACAGCCUGCACGGGGCUUCCUUGCAACAACGGGUCGUCCAUGAGUGAAGGCCCCACGUACGGCCAGGAUUUUCCCGACUACCUUUAUUCACCUGGCACCGGUAUGACGGGCUAUGGUGGAAUGGGAAACGUGACCGCUGCCAGUGGAAUGAUGCCGGGAAUGGCAAGCAUGGGCAACAUGUCUAGCAACGUGACCAAUUCUGCGUUGGCAUGCACGCCCACGGACUACCUUCUCAACGACCUGCUUGCCGACGAGGACCUGCACCUGAUGGACAUGGUGGCCUCGCCGACAGAAACGGCUUCAGCGCCUUACCCUGUCCAGCUGUCCGUGGCAGAAGAUCGCAUGGACAACAGCAGUGACACAGGCGUAUCAUCCAUGGGAUCCGAACGCGUGCCUUCACUCUCCGAAGAUCAUGAAUGGCUGGACUCGUGCUCAGAAUCGUCGUCCUCACAUGCCGACGUAGACAGUGAUGCCAAGCGACUGCUUGAAGUGGCCCCAAAAAAGUACAAACUGUUUGGACGUCGACCGGGCCUGUGGUCGCCUGUCCAGGGAGACAAUGACGCCAUGCUGGGUGGCUAUGGUGGAGUCCAGCAGCAGCCCCCGUUUGCCACUCCCUUGGGCCGCCUGCCAGGUGGUGCCACUGUGGCAGUGGUUCCGCCCAAUGCUCCCACACCCAACAGCCUGUUUCCCUCUGCACCCGAAGUGCCUGCCGUUCCGAGGCUUGUGAUCCGCCCCGUUGGCUCUCUGGUACAACACAACCAUUCGUACUCGGCGGCCGACGUGGCUGCCGCAGCAGAAAAUUGUGAGUCAUCGGAGGAAGAAGAGGACGAAGAAGAGGUGAUGUCGAUGAACAGUGCCUUUGGCUUGGCGUGCGAGACAGAGGAGCAACGACACGCGCGAGCAUCGCGGGACGAGAAGCGGGCGCGAGCGCUCAACCUGCCCCUGUCCAACGCCGAGAUUGUGGACCUGCCAAUUGACGAGUUCAACGAGCGACUCGCCAAGUACGAGCUGACAGAGGCACAACUGGCGCUGAUCAGGGACAUUCGUCGGCGCGGCAAGAACAAGGUGGCAGCGCAGAAUUGCCGGAAGCGCAAGCUGGACCAGAUUCUCUCUCUGCAACAAGACGUAGAGGCACUACACCUGGAACGCGAAGAGCUGGAGCGACGGCACGAGGAGCUGCUCGCGCAGCGGCUCUUGGGACGCGACAAGUACAGCCGCCUGUGUCAGCUGCUGGCCACCCACACCACACGUCCCCUGAGCCCCACCUUGCAGCACUUCACCAACGUCGAAACAUCGUUUGCCACUUGCGAUGGGGCCUCGCCAACACACACGGGGGCACGCCUCAAAAAGAAGAUGCACACCAAGUGGGAAAGUGAUGAGUGAGGCGGCUCGGUGCAGUGGCUAGAAAAGGGCCUUAGGAAUCGCAUCCUGGUGACAGCCAUUGCUGCAUUGCGUUUACACUCCAACGAGUGCAUUAUUGUGUUACUGCAACACGAGACCCCCCCAAAUGUGUUGCACAAUGGUAAGCGUCAUCAGUAUCGUGUGUUCCUCCUGCGUAAAGCUGCAUGCCAGGCAUUAGUUUCCUGUUGGCCCAGUGUGCCUUGGCAUUGAGUAGCCUUCCAGGGCUGUACCAAGGGGACAUGCAGGGAAGAUUGGCUACAAUUGUUCUGUGACAUAAUCGCACGUGCCUAUGUCUUGCAAGUUAUGCUAAUAGCGAGUCGGUUCUGGGGUCCCCUAUUUGGAGAUACUUGAGAGUUGCAGCCUUGACCCAAUACCGAACGCUCGAAUUAUGAGUGCUGCUGUUGCAAAGUUACACUAGCAUAUGCAAAUGCCAGCAUAUUCAAGCUACCGACUCGGUCGUGGUUGCCACCAUAUCCUGCCUGAAUCGUGGUGCCCACACAUGUAUCGUGGAUGCUUGCCUUACUUGGCACCUAGACAAUGCGUGUGACGAUCAGUAAGCGCACCGAUUGUUUUGCUCGUAGGUGGGGUUUGUGAAUGUGAGGAACAGCUGCGGGAAUGUACACUUUGCAGGUUGGCCAAUGUUUAUGAGUAGUGUAUCGAGUCUUCCAAUGAGAACCCCCUCAGCACAGCGCCCUUUCUAGCCACUGUCUCCGUGCAAGAAAAAGCAACACUUGUGAUUUUGAUGACGCUCAAGGACACGCUUCCUUCAAGUGCCACGGAGGUGUGCCCAGCGGACAAUGGUGAACUGUGUGUGUGCCUGUGUGCAUUGAAGGACCAAGUGCAGUCACCGUCUUCAUUCUGUGUCUUUCUUGCCCCUUUCACUUGUUCUUUUUUUUUAACCGUGCUGUGGUCUCCAGCUACUGCCAACUGUUGUAAAUGCGUUUUUCCUUUCUGGGGUCUCCAUAGGAAAAAAACCUCAUUGUUUGGCUCUGUAGUUUUCUACGACGCUAGAUUGUUGCACUGUAAAUAUAAAAGGUUUCUUAGCUUUGCUGUGAAAGAAAUAGAUUUGUGCCUUCUUAAGUACAGCAGGUCGGCUAAGUCAUGCGAGGAACAAUAGCAUAUUUUACUUUUAAGUAUCACAUUAGUAGCUCGCAAGGGAAUGUUGAGUUUACUGGAGACAUACACUGAAGUGAAGACUUGUGCAAUAAACUACUUGUGCUACGACGAUCCUGUAGGUCAAUACCUUACUGGAUAUUGUGUGCUGGUGUGGUUUAACAAAGUUUAUAUUUGCACAAGUUGAAUGAAUUAUUUAUUUCUGUAUGAUUCACAUUUUUGCCCUUUGGUUACUACAAUUCAUUCUGUGUUAGGAAUGCAGUUUCAUUUCUAAUAAACUUUGUUGAUAAGUAAGAA